CAAAAGGUGUGCCAAGGGUAGUAGUUUCUGAAGAAGUUUUGUCCAGGCUAGUACUUUCUACAGAAGUGGUGCCAAGGGUAGCAGAUUCUGCAGAAGUGGUUUCAGGGGCAGUAGUUUCGACAGAAGUUGUGCCCAUGGUACUAGUUUCUGCAGAAGUGGUUUCAGGGGCAGUAGUUUCUACAAAAGGUGUGCCAAGGGUACUAGCUUCUGCAGAAGUGGUUCCCAGGGUAGUACUUUCUACAGAAGAGGUGUCAAGGGUAGUAGUUUCUGCAGAAGUUGUGCCCGGGGUAGUAGUUUCUGUAGAAGUGGGUCCUGCAGAAGUGGUUUCCAGGGUAGUAGUUUCCACAGAAGUGGUGCCCAGGGUACUAGUUUCUACAGAAGAGGUGCCAAGGGUAGUAGUUUCUACAGAAGUGGUUCCCAUUGCACUAGUUUCUGCAGAAGUUGUGCCCAGGGUAGUAGUUUCUGCAGAAGUUGUUCCUAGUGUAGUACUUCCUACAGAAGAGGUGCCAAGGGUACUAGCUUCUGCAGAAGUGGUUCCCAGGGUAGUACUUUCUGCAGAAGUGGUGCCAAGGGUAGUAGUUUCUGCAGAAGUUGUGCCCAGGGUAGUAGUUUCUGCAGAUGUUGUGCCCAGGGUAGUAGUUUCUGUAGAAGUGGUUCCAAGUGCACUAGUUUUGGCAGAGGUUAUGUCCAGGGAACUAGUUUCUACAGAUGUGGUGCCAAAGGUACUAGUUUCUGCAGAAGUUGUGCCCAGGGUAGUAGUUUCUACAGAAGUGGUGCCUAUGGUGCUAGUUUCUGCAGAAGAGGUGUCAAGGGUAGUAGUUUCUGCAGAAGUUGUGCCCGGGGUAGUAGUUUCUGCAGAAGUGGGUCCUGUAGCAGUGGGUCCCAGAGUGGUAGAUUCUACAGAAGUGGUGCCAAAUGUACUAGCUUCUGCAGAAGUUGUUCCCAGGGUAGUACUUUCUACAGAAGAGGUGUCAAGGGUAGUAGUUUCUGCAGAAGCUGUGCCCGGGGUAGUAGUUUCUGUAGAAGUGGUGCCAAGGGUAGUAGUUUCAGCAGAAGUGGUUCCAAGGGUACUAGUUUCUGCAGAAGUUAUGUCCAGGGUAGUAGUUUCUACAGAAGUGGUGCCAAGGGUACUAGAUUCUGCAGAAGUGGUUCCCAGUGUAGUAAUUUCUACAGAAGUGGUGCCAAGGGUAGUAGCUUUUGCAGAAGUUGUUCCCAGGGUAGUAAUUUCUACAGAAGUGGUGCCAAGGGUAGUAGUUUCUGCAGAAGUUGUGCCCAGGGUAGUAGUUUCUGCAGAAGUUGUGCCCAGGGUAGUAGGUUCUGGAAAAGUUGUGCCCAUGGAAGAACUUUCCACUGAAGUGGUGCCAAGAGUAGCAGUUUCUGCAGAAGUGGUAUCCAAAGUAAUAAUUUCUUCAGAAGUGGUUCCCAGGGUAGUAAUUUCAACAGAAGUGGUGCCAAGACUAGUAGUUUGUGCUGAAGCGUUAGUUGUUCCAGCAGUUGUCAUUCCUGGUCUGGAUGUUUCCAAAACUAUUCCUGUUGAACUAACGGAGGGUGUUGUUUCCGCAGAACUCAAAGUCAAUGGUAUAUCAAAGUAAAUUAUUGUGCUAUUCAAUGUAGUAUGUUCUGUAGGUGUGGGAGUGCUUGAUGAAAGUGUUCUUUGGGUUGUUUCAGGAGUUUCUUCAAAUUCCUCACAAGGAAGAGUGGGUAUGGCAUCAAAGUCUGAAAGAUCAAAAUCUGUCCCAAACUCUACAUGAGCAGGAGUUGUAGUUUUGGUGAUUCUGCCUGGUUGUGUAGACACACUGGAGGCUUCUACUUUUAUGGUUGUACCAAGUGUUAUAUCAGCUGGCCUGAAGGGAACUGUGUUUGUCCUUGUUGUGGGGUCUGGAUAUGAAGGUGUGCUGAAUGGAAAUAUCCUUGGGGUCGUUUUAUGGGUUUCUUCAAAUUCCCCACAAGGAAGAGUGGGCAAGACAUCAAAGUCUGAAAGGUCAAAGUCUGUCCCAAACGCUACAUCAGCAGGAGUUGUAGUUUUGGUGAUUCUGCCUGGUUGUGUAGACACACUGGAGGCUUCUACUUUUAUGGUUGUAUCAAGUGUUAUAUCAGCUGGCCUGAAGGGAACUGUGUUUGUCCUUGUUGUGGGGUCUGGAUAUGAAGGUGUGCUGAAUGGAAAUAUCCUUGGGGUCG